CGGUGCAGACAAGUCGGCAUCGAGUCCGUUUUCUUUAGUUUUGUUUUCCUGGCGGCGAGGACGCAAGCAAAGCAGCGGGGAGCGUCCACGCCCUGCUCGCCCGCCCUGCAGGAGAGGCAGCCCGCCACUAUGCCGCCCCCCGCAGGAGGGGACGCGUCCCACCGCGCCUCGGGCACCGUCGCCGCCCGGGGCCUCAACCUGCUGACGGGCGGGGCGGCGGCGGCGACCGUCACGGCGGCGGCGGUCGGCAUGCUGCUGGCACCCUCACCCUGGACACAUACCACUGUAAAGGGGACCAAGUGUGUGGCACAGCAGGACUUAGAACAGGAUUGGUUUUGGCCCUCUGGCACCAACAAGUGUCACAGCCUUCCUGCCAAUGACUCCCUCACUCCUCUGCAGCACAAUGUUUCUCUCAAGAACAUUGUCUUCGCUUUCCAGUUUCCACCAACAACGAUGGGAGCAUCACGGUGGCAGCAGCGUCUUGCAGGGCUGCUGCGACUACGACUGUUGCGAGAAAAUGAGCCAUUGGCAACUGCUGGUUCCAAGCUGACCCUGAGCACCCGCCUCGGCUACACAGAUGGCAACACAACUGCGACCACCAAGCCAAUCCUCAUGGCGGAUAAACUACAGACCCGGCAAAUAUCAUGUCACGUGAUAAAAGAACAUGAAUUUGGAGGCUCCACCUUUGACUGUUCUCCAAUGCCAUUGAUUGUAUUGUACAGUCUGUAUCAUGACCACUACAUUAUCAAUAUCAGGAUAACCAACAGAGAGGGUCUCAGCUCAGAUAUCUCUGCUCAGGAAUUGCCACAGAUUCAAGACUUAUAUGUCUCAUUUAUCAGUCAGAAUGGCCACUAUGUGAAGGUUUCGGUUGGGCUACAGACUGUGUUCUUCCCCCUGGUGGCCAUCAUCCUCACUUGGUACCUACGGAUCCUAAAGCAGCUGAGAUGGUGCUACACCUACUUCCAGAUGAUCUUGUUGCUUCUUGCUGUAGCACUACUUUUGAUAAACUGUCCGUGGACAUACCUCACACUGGUUGUUGACUGCCCCUGGCUCGUCAUUCUUCAGGAGCUGAGUCUUGGGGUGUUUUAUGGCAUCCUCAUGACAUUCCUUCACUUCCUGACACAUUUGUAUCUUGAGCCUGUAAGCCACUGUCCUAAGGUACGGACAGCAAUGAUGCAGGUCAUUGGGGCCUACACCUCGACCAUCUUCCUCUUAGAUUUCAUGGAAAAUGUCAUCCUGCUCCACAACCCGCUGCCCUACGUGUGGGAGUCCCUGCACCUGGGCCUGGCCACCAUCACUGUGCUCCUGGUGGUGGCCUACCUCACUUACAUCACCAUCAAAGUUUACUCAGCUGUUUUGGUUCUACAAAAAAGUGCAUCUAAGGAGAAUAAUGAGGUCAGCGCAAUGGGACUGGGCAGGGAGUGCAAGCUUCACGAGGUGUCACCAGGAUCAAGGUGGAGGGAGAUGGUCCUGCUGGUGGUGUCGUGGAUCUGUGUUGUCCUCACUGCAGCAGAAUUCAUUAUCAAAAGAUUACAUGAUGGAAUGUGGAUAUGGGAGGAUAUUUUGGGCAACUUGGAAAUAGAGAAUACAAGUGGAUUCCUCCUUGGUGUUUAUAGCCUGUGGAAUGUGUUCACCUGCAUGGUACUCAUCAUGUACCCACCUGUGUCCCCUCCCAGCACCUCACGAGGUGAAUCUGAGAUGACGUUGGAGAUGCCCUCCCAGCAGCAGCCUCGCCUACGCCCCAAACCACCUUUUCUUCGCCAGAAUGCUAUUGAUAUUGUGAGCGAGGACUCACUUGAUGGUGUCAUUAUGAAUAAUCCUGCCAUCAGCAUUGACUCAGCGAAUGGAGAUCCUGUCAAGAAGCUAAGUGUUGUGCAUGCUGAUGGUCUCAUUAGUAGCGAUGAUGCUGUCAGUGUUUAUUUGAUAAGUGGUGACAGUAUUGUCAGUGCUGAUGCUGCUAAAAAUGAUGCUGUUGCCGCUGUUGAAGAUGAUGAGGAUAAUAACCCUCGAAGCAAUGCUGUGAGUGACCUUUCUGUUCCAAAUGGUGCUGUGACAGUGAGUAAUACUGUUUCCACCAAUGCUGGCACAGUGAGUAAUACUGUUUCCACCAAUGCUGGCACAAGUAUGGAUGGUGUCGGUUUUCAUGUCAGCACAACACCACUAAGUGGUGGUCGCUCUCUGUAUGGCACUCCUGCAUUAAGCUGUGAUUCUGCCCCUGGCAACGAUGCUACUGUGAGCUUGAACUCUUUGAGUAGUGUUUCCACUAAUAAUAUGGAUACAGCAAAGCUAAUUCUCCUUAAAUUAAAUGAGUGUAAGAAGGCCUCUUUGGUUCUUGUGAAUGGUGUCACUAUACCAAGUAUUGAUGAAGACAGCAGUGAUAUUGACAUGAUUGAUGACUUGCAAAGUCGUACUGAUUUGGAGAUUUCUGAAGCAGAAGAGAAACCAUAAUUGGCUACAUAGUCACAGGCAACCACUGUGCAUCCAGUUAGGUUAAGAGCACAAAUUGAAUUAGUGUUAAAGAUAAUUCUUGAAGAAGAACUAAAAUAGUUACAAUACACUGUGUAAGGAAGAAUGGACAAAAUUUGUGGAAAGGAAUAAAUACUAAGUACAGUAAGUGCAUGUAUGUAUUUUAACUAGAAAAAAGGCUUGCUUAAAGUUACAACUAUGACAUGCUGUUUGACAGCAGACAAGUAACAAAGACCCUUAUGGUUGAUCUAGAGGUUCUGUUACCAGACAAAAGUUGAAAAGCAUAUUAUUAUUAUCAUUAUUUUUCCAUGCUGUUUGGUUCAGUUUUUGAAAUGCAUGACAAUCUGCAAGACAGCAGACUGUAAUAGAUGCAGCCAGCUGCCUGCUGCAGUCUUUCAAAUGUUACUGUGCAUAUCGAAUGACUUAUUGUGAAUCUAUUCAUGAAAUCUGCAUGAAUGUUAACAAAAAUAUUUUACAUAUAUGUAACAGCUCCAAGGGUCUUUUUCUAGCUGGAUACUUGUUUUAUAUGUUUGUUUAAUUGUCCAAGCACUGUUGAUCUGAUGAUCGAAAAAGAAAACGGUAUAUCACGUGCUGGACAUGUGAUAUAUUAUUAACUGAAUGUGAUAAGCUAUUCUAGCCAUAUUGUCUGUUGUGUAAUACAUAGCAGGCAAAGUAUUUUUAUUAAAGAGUGUUAGUGUCCUCCCGGCUUUACCUUUAUCAUACUGUUGUGCAGCUAAUGACUUGUGUUCCUCAGGAUAAACUUCCCUGAAAAUAUCCUUGACUUCCUGGUGAAACAUUGUAGCGAUAAACAAUUACAAGAUUGUGUGUUAGACUUUGCUUCUAACAGAACUAACCUUUUGCAUAUGGACUCUGUAGAACCAUCACUAUGGUAGGAAAAUAACCUUUUUUGACUCUUAUACGUCACUGAAAUGAUUGUAACCUGGUUUUGGGUAUGUGUUCACUGCUUGUGGAGACCUAGAUUUUCAGGCCACUGUGAAGUGUGCCACAGUUGUGAUGAAUAUAUAGCACUCAUUUUGUUACAAAUUUAUAUAAGUAGUUCCCAAAUUAUUAAAUAUGAAAUGACUUAAUGCUUAUUGUGAAGUCUGCACUUCUAACUUGUUUACUAGGUGAUUUACCAUUAAAAGGGUACACUGUGAACUAAAAUUAACAUUUUUAUAUCAUUUAUAGGAAAUUUGUGCAAAUACAUUAUUAAACUGCAAAUGUCUCACCUGAGAAAUUUACUUCUAAUAUCAAUGUAGUAGUUCCAUUUUUCAGGUAAAUGAGUGAAU